CCGGAGGAGUGCCACGGGCUUUGAGGCCGCGGGGGCGGAGCGGCGAGUCAGGCCGCCGACAGACGUGCACACCCCCGGCCAGACAGCGAGCCCGACCGGGCGUCCAUGGGGCUCCGCCUCGGCCCGACCCCCACCCGGACCCGGAUCGCGACCCUCAGCUGCGGCGAGCGCAGUGAUUGACCGCGGGCCACUCGGGCUCCAGGGCACCGUGCGACUCCAAGAGGCCUUGACGAGGAGGACCAUGGCUGAACAAAUCCUUCCUCAGGCGUUGUAUUUGAGCAAUAUGCGGAAAGCGGUGAAGAUAAGAGAGAGAACCCCAGAAGACAUCUUCAAACCUACCAAUGGGAUCAUUCAUCAUUUUAAAACCAUGCACCGAUACACACUGGAGAUGUUCAGAAUGUGUCAGUUUUGCCCACAGUUCCGGGAGAUCAUCCACAAAGCACUUAUUGACAGAAGCGUCCAGGCUUCCUUGGAAAGCCAGAAGAAGCUCAACUGGUGUCGUGAAGUCAGGAAGCUGGUGGCUCUGAAAACCAACGGUGAUGGAAACUGCCUCAUGCAUGCAACUUGUCAGUACAUGUGGGGUGUUCAGGAUACGGAUUUGGUCCUGAGGAAGGCCCUCUUCAGCACCCUUAAGGAGACAGACACACGGAACUUUAAAUUCCGCUGGCAGCUGGAGUCUCUGAAAUCUCAAGAAUUUGUGGAAACAGGACUGUGCUACGACACUCGGAACUGGAAUGAUGAAUGGGACAACCUGGUCCAAAUGGCAUCGGCAGACACAGCUGCAGCCCGGAGUGGACUUCAGUAUAAUUCCCUGGAAGAAAUCCACAUAUUUGUCCUCAGCAACAUCCUCAGGAGACCCAUCAUUGUCAUCGCAGACAAAAUGCUAAGAAGUUUGGAAUCCGGUUCCAAUUUUGCUCCUUUGAAAGUGGGUGGCAUUUACCUGCCUCUCCACUGGCCUGCCCAGGAAUGCUACAGAUACCCCAUUGUCCUAGGCUAUGACAGCCAGCACUUUGUACCCCUGGUGACCCUGAAGGACAGUGGACCUGAAAUUCGAGCUGUUCCCCUCGUUAACAGAGAGCGGGGAAGAUUUGAAGACUUAAAAGUUCACUUUCUGACAGUCCCUGAAAGUGAGAUGAAGGAGAAGCUUUUAAAGGAAUACUUGAUGGUGAUGGAAAUCCCGGUGCAAGGCUGGGACCCCGGCACCACUCACCUCAUCAAUGCUGCAAAGUUGGAUGAAGCUAACUUACCCAAAGAAAUAAAUCUGGUAGACGAUUACUUUGAACUUGUUCAGCAUGAAUACAAGAAGUGGCAGGAAAACAAUGAGCGGGGCAGGAGAGGGGCGCAUGCGCAGAACCCUUUGGAGCCUUCCACGCCCCAGCUGUCACUCAUGGAUGUAAAAUGUGAGACACCCAACUGUCCUUUCUUUAUGUCCGUGAACACUCAACCGUUAUGCCAUGAAUGCUCAGAGAGGCGUCGAAAGAACCAGAGCCAGCUCCCAAAGCUGAACUCGAAGCUGGGCCCUGAAGGACUCCCAGGAGUGGGACUUGGCACCUCAGCCUGGAGCCCGGAGGAAACAGCUGGAGGACCUCAUUCGGCCCCGCCCACGGCACCCAGCCUUUUUCUGUUCAGCGAGACCACAGCAAUGAAGUGCAGGAGCCCCGGUUGCCCUUUUACAUUGAAUGUGCAACAUAAUGGACUCUGUGAGCGUUGCCACAAUGCCCGGCAGCUCAGUGCCAGCCACACUGCAGAUCCUGGUAAGUGCCAAGCCUGCCUUCAGGAUGUCACUCGGACGUUUAAUGGCAUUUGCAGUACCUGUUUCAAAAGGACUACAGCAGAGCCCUCCUCCAGUCUCACUUCCAGUGUCCCUCCCUCCUGUCACCAACGAUCCAAGUCUGACCCCUCACAGCUCAUCCAAAGUCUCUCCCCACACUCUUGCCAUCGAACCGGAAAUGACGUCCCUUCUGGCUGCCUUUCCCAGGCAGCGCGAACUCCGGGUGACAGGACGGGGACAAGCAAGUGCAGAAAAGCUGGCUGCAUGUAUUUUGGGACUCCAGAAAACAAGGGCUUCUGCACGCUGUGUUUCAUCGAAUACAGAGAAAAUAAACAGUUUGUCGCCGCUUCUGGGAAAGCCAGUUCCACAGCCCCCAGGUUCCAGAACAACGUCCCGUGCCUGGGCAGGGAGUGCGGCACCCUCGGGAGCACCAUGUUCGAAGGGUAUUGUCAGAAGUGCUUCAUUGAAGCUCAGAACCAGAGGUUCCACGAAGCCAAAAGGAUGGAAGAGCAACUGCGAUCCAGCCAGCACAGAGACAUGCCUCGGACCACGCAGGGAGCCUCCAGACCCAAGUGUGCCCGGGCCUCCUGCAAGAACAUCCUGGCCUGUCGCAGCGAGGAACUAUGCAUGGAGUGCCAGCACCUGAGCCAGCGAGUGGGCACUGUUGCCCACCGGGGUGACCCCACUCCUGAAGAGCCCCCUAAACAGCGAUGCCGGGCCCCUGCCUGUGAUCACUUCGGCAAUGCCAAGUGUAACGGUUACUGCAAUGAGUGCUUCCAGUUCAAGCAGAUGUAUGGCUAAAUGCAAGCAAGUGGACUGGCCCAGCAUGAAGAGGCCUCAAACUGCCAGUGAGAGUGGUGCUGUCCUCCAGACCCCUGAGUGCCAUAGAAGGGUGAGCCCUGGGACAGUGGCUUCAAGUGUUUGAGCAGAGUAGGCAAGAUGAGCUCUUCAUCAUGGCCGUGACAUUCAGGUUUGGUAACCAAAACUAUGUCCAGGUGGGCUGGCUGAGAGUAGACCUCGUGGCCUGUGACCGGCAGUGCAUGAUGGUCAGGUUCAAUGCGAAGCUGUUGCUGCUCGUCUACCAGGAGUCUGGGAGAUCUUUAGAUGUGGAAUACGCGCUAGGACUGGCAGCAGUUCCUGGGCCCACCUGCCACAGGAAACAGGAAGAAAGGCACAGGUGGGUUGGAGCCUGGAACCGUCUUCCUGCCCCCGCCCCCUCGGAAGCUUUUCUCAGAGAGCCAAAGCUGAAUCCUCAGAGCUCCAAAGCCUUCUGCAAGAAGCUCGAGGAAGCUCAGGGAAAAUGGAUGUCAGUAGAACUCUUCUGUAGUCGGUGGGCUUCCGUACCUGUCUACUUGGUUCCCAAGGAUUUGCAGGAGAGCAGAGCCGCACACGGACUGUGACCCUGAGGCUGCUGAAACAGAACAAGUUCACAUGGAGACCAAACAAGCUGCUCUUGACUAUACGCAUGCACCUUUCAGAUAGCAGAACAUUUUAUGGGAAGACAUGCCGCCACGGUCAUCAUUGUCUUCAGUUCCAGAGAGGUUAGUUUGGACUGAGGUGUGUAUCUGAGUGUGUACAUAUGUAAUAUACCCUUAUAUUAUGUAUGAGGGAAGUUUUAUUUUAAACAGUGAAAUGGUGCCCCAGAGGAAACAGGAAGACUGAAGAAUAAUAACCUAUUUUCUGGUUGUUCUCAGCUUGCUCCUGUGUGUACAGCUUGUUACGUGAAUUCAACAAGCUGCUUUCGUAAAGGGAGCCCUCAUUCUACUUUAUUUAUUAUGAACUUCAAAGUUAUUUAAAUGAAGAUUUCCUUCUACAGUAUUCUCUUGGAAUAACAUACUUGCUUUCCGCCAUGUUCUGGGAACCUUGCAAAUUCCUGACCUUGGGGUGUUGUGGGGUGGUCUGCUCUCUCUACUUGUUGCCUCCCUAGGAAAGAAGGGAUUGCUUUAUGAAUAAGGCCUGUAGAACCUAAUGCUUCUUAGGACUCCCCAGCUGCACAGGAAGAAAUUGCCAUCUGUCUUUAGUUGCUUCUAAGUAUCCUACCUCUUUGAAGAGAAGAUGGGGAUGGACUGGUGGUGAAAGUGGGGAGGGACACAGAAAUCUCGUGGCUUUGAACCUGAGCCUUGGGGCUGCAAAGUCAAUAGCCCUGAGGAUGAGCAGGUUUCUUCCCUUGGCUUGCAGCUUUUCUGUGUGUUUGCACUUGCCUUAGGAGGGAGAUGCCUUUCUCCAGAGGAAAGGGCUGACAUUCUGGGGUCUAACCCAGAACCUGAAGAUGCUUGUGAUGUCUAACUCUACAUAGCCUUUGCUCCCCAUAUCUGACUAGUGUCUUUCCCUGACUUACGUCAAAUACAAUGCAGCAUUUUCACUAGUUCUUUCAAAGCUAAUAGUCUAUUAUUUCGUGUCUAUUGAUAUUUUCAUUCUUAAUGUGAAGCCAUGCCAUUAUUUAUACUUAUUAUAGAAAAUAUGUGAAAUUUGCACAUUUAGUUGUCUUUCAUAGAGUGGG